AUGCCUUCUCGCUGUGUUGUAUAUGGUUGUUCGAAUAUUCCGGAUCCUGCAAAUAGUAUUAUACUUCACAAAAUACCUUACGAUGGAGAUUUAAGGUCAGAAGCUAUUAAGAGACGAAAGGUCUGGGUAGAUUUCGUGAAGCGCAAACGCGCAAAAUGGGAGCCUAGCAGUUCAAGCUGUGUAUGCUCUAAGCAUUUUAAGGCAGGCGAUUUUCAAAGAAUAUUGAAUCUAGCUGGACAACAGGAGACGUAUAGACCAGUGCUUAAAAGAGAUGACAUAGGGAUUACAUCAUUUCCAUCGGUAUAUACUACAAAUGAGACCGAAAAACAGCUUUCAGACAGGGCAGCCAGAGCAAUCAAACGCAAGUUUAGUACAGCUGAGAAUGAACCAAGUACCUCGGAAGAACUACAACCAGGUUGUUCAUCUGACUUUGUCGAGCCUGAAGCAGAAAUGGACCUAGACAUGCCAAGUGUCGAAUGUCAUGACAUCCAGCAGUCGGAAACAACAAACGAAAAGUUCACUCAAACAGUGCUUAGUGCGGAAGUGUGCAAAUGCUGUCUUGAAUUAGAAGAGAGGAACAGACUUCUUCGGAACCAAAAAGGUCUAUCGUAA